AUGACCCGAGAUAUCAUCCCAUUCAGCGAACUCUACGGUGAGAACUGGUCCCGUCCCAACUUUGACCCGCACUUCGAUAACAUCCGCACCAGAACCAAGUAUCUCCACCAUUGCUCGCAGUGCAGAAAGAUCCCAAAGCGAUCCUGUUACACCAAAGGGCAUAUGGCGUUCUGUACCGUGCACAUCAAGGACAAAGAUAGCAACUGGGUCAGGCACGGCCAGAGGUUCACGGUGCAAUCAGGUGGCUGCGACGCCCACCCCCGAGUGCAGGGAUACAAUCAUGCCAUUGCAGACGCAUUCAAGACUGGGGUACCCGCUGGUAUAGAGGCUUUUGAUGAGUAUGACCGGCGCGAUGAAAGGGCUGAACUGACAGCCGAUGCUCACACUGAGCCACGGGGCGAUACUCCUGCAACCGGAGAUGCGGAGUCAAUACUGGCGGAAGCGGAUGCUGAGGCAGAAGACCAGAUUGAGAAAGGUGAGUACGAUCCCGAGGUUACCGUGAAAGCGCUUCGCGAACUUGCAAACAGGAAGAAAUGGGCUGAGAAGGACCGACGCAAGGGGACUUCCAAGCCCGCUUAA